UGUGUGUACACUGCUCUGUGUGUGUGCACUUUGGAUGGGUUAAAUGCAGAGCACAAAUUCUGAGUAUGGGUCACCAUACUUGGCUGAAUGUCACGUCACUUUCACUUUCACUUUUAUACAACCGGCACAGGCUGAUCUAACAAGAAUACAAAGGCACUUUCCCGCUUGCUCCUACAAUCACCGAGCUCCAUGAGGGAAGUUCCUUUUGGCAACACUAUUCCACUAUUAGGAAUGGUUGAUGAUAGCUCGCGUCAGCAUUUGUCUGCCUCUAUAUCAACAAUGGAGGCAGCUCCAGCAUGAGGUGCUGAACUUUGAUGCAGAGAUGGUUUUCUGGAGCUGUUUAUUCUUUCUCUGGCUAAGAGUGUCAUCUGCUAAUGCUGGGGAAUGGAGCGCUAAAAUGCCAGAAUCAGUGGUGGGUUUGUCUGGAUCAUGUGUGCUGAUUCCCUGUACGUUCAGCUACCCUGCAAAUGGAAAAACAUACACAGAAUUUACAGGGAUUUGGUACCAUGAAUAUUCAACAGUGGUAUACCAUACGGACACUUCAAAAAUCAUCAACUUGUUCAAAGGUCGCACUAGUCUCAUUGGUGAUUUGCGCCAAAAUAACUGUUCUUUGAAUAUCAGCUCUUUGAGAAGCAGUGACGCUGGGUCAUUCAUGUUCCGGAUUGAGAUUAAAGAUCUGAACAAGUACUCCUAUAUAAAGAAAGAAGAUAUGGUUUCCAUAAAAGUGAAUGAAACACCAGAGAAUCCUACCGUCUCUGUGGAAGAGGAAGUGACAUCAGGGAAACCGGUGAAUGCUACCUGUGCCGUGUCUCAUUCCUGUCCAUCAGACCUGCCUCGUGUCACCUGGAGCCAUGGUGGCAAACAAUCGAGUACAUCACAGCCACAGAAUCUUGGUCAAUGGAAGCUUACUUAUUACAGCCUGACCUUCACUCCUUCUAGAGAAGACCACAACAAACUUCUCAUCUGCUCUGCAGACUUUAACGGGAAGAAGGUGACAGGACACAAAACACUCAAAGUUAAAUAUCCUCCAUAUAAUGUAAGUGUGGUCACUAAACCCUCAGUGAAGGAGAAUGACUCUGUGGAACUGUCCUGCUCCAGUGACAGCAAUCCUCCUGCGAACAGCUACCAGUGGUUCAGCUUGAAUGGGACGAUGUUAGCAAAGAGCCCUACUUACAAACUGGAGAGAGUGUCUCGACAUACUGAGGCCAUUUCCUGUACAGCCUUUAACACAGAGGGAAAAAACAGUUCUGGUCCUCGGAAACUUAAAGUCCAGUAUCCUCCAUAUAAUGUAAGCGUGGUCACUAAACACUCAGUGAAGGAGAAUGACUCUGUGGAACUGUCCUGCUCCAGUGACAGCAAUCCUCCUGCGAACAGCUACCAGUGGUUCAGCUUGAAUGGGACGAUGUUAGCAAAGAGCCCUACUUACAAACUGGAGAGAGUGUCUCGACAUACUGAGGCCAUUUCCUGUACAGCCUUUAACACAGAGGGAAAAAACAGUUCUGGUCCACAAAAACUUAAUAUAUUGUAUCCUCCUGAGAUUAAAAGUGAAUCUUCUUGUCAGUCUAAGAUUUUGACGGUUUGUGUCUGUAUUGUGGACUCCAACCCUCCCAGUGAAGUCAAGUGGUUUGGUCCAGAUUCCUUGAAAGCCUUCUCCAGCACCAGCAUUAAACAAAACGAGUCUCUUACCAUAUUCACCUUACAGGGUUGGCUGGGUUUCCCUGAGACUAUCCUGUGCUUUGCCAAUAACAGUUUGGGAAGCUCUUCCAUAACUUUGGAAGCUCCUCGAAAUUUAAUCAUAAUAUGCAUUGCUGUUGCAUCAGCUGUUGUGGUCGUUUUAGCCUGUAUUUUACUGUAUGCUCUGAGGAGACGCUGUGGGAAGAGAUCCGCACAUCUACCUCUAAUGAAGAAUGAGCAGAAUGAAAUGAAAACAACCCAAAACAAGUCUGAUUUAGAAAACAGUAAAGAAGAGAAAGGCAGUGAUGUGGAUAUUUACACAAAUUGCCCGAAAGACCGUGUUUAUGACAACUGGGGGCAUGUUGCGAGACCAGUCUCAUCUGACCAAGCCCUGGAAGAUGAAGCAGUCUACGCUAACACAUGAAGAUAAGAACACAUGUCGUCCUACUAGAAAUGACAUACAGAGAAAGACCAAAGACAUUUUGUAGAUUUGAUAUGCACAGAAAAUUUUCAGAGCCAAAAGGUCUUGCAACUGAGAAAAAACACUGUGUGUGAAUCAAAUACAUUCAAAAGGUUUUAAUAUAUAAAGAAUAAAGACAAAAUAUAUUUAUAUUUACAUUUAGUCAAGAUACAUGCUAAGACAUGAAUUACAAAUGAGGAAAAUAGAAGCAAUAAAGACCAACAAAAGAGCAAUACUAUACAAUAUGUAUAGAACUAUUGAGUUUAAAUGUCAUUCCAAGUUCAAAGCCGAUUCCAAAAAAGUUGGGACACUGUAUAAAUUGUGAAUAAAAACAUAAUGCAAUGAUGUGGAAGUUUCAAAUUUCAACAACAUAGAUGACAAAUGUUUUUCAUCUUUAUUUGACCCUCUAACUUUAACACUCACUAUUCUAAUUCUAUUAAAACAAAAGCUAACUAUCUUUCUAAUCUUUUUGUAUUCUAUUUUCUUAUCAUUUAUUAUGCAAUUGUGUGUGUGUGUGUGUAUGUGUAAAGACCUCUAACACUAGCUUGCUCUAUUCUUUUUCUAUUCUAUCUGUUUUCAUUUUAUUUAUUAUAUUAUGUAGAAGCCCAUGCUACAUGUACUGUGUUAACCUAACUGAGACUUGUUAUAGCACUUAUCAGGGCCGUGCAGAGACCUUUGGAGGGGCAGGUGCUCAAAGUAUAAAAGGGGCACAUGGAACAAGGCUUUAAAUAGCGCGGUUCAAAUAGCAAUACAGCAAUAUAUUGUGAUGCAUUCCUUGCCAAUUUGCGUAUCGAUAUGGAUGAUUAUGUAUUGAUAUGGCAGCAAAUGCUGUGAUGCAGUUUUGAAAAAGAAAAAUAUUAGAAGAGACAAUUUUAAGUUUAAAAGUAAAAAAAGAAAAAUUAUUUCCACCUAAUAAUAGCUCUGGGAUUAGAAACUGAAAUGUCUUAAAUUGUCCCAACCUGAUGGCUUUUUCUUCUCUGUUCUACAGAAUAAUUAAGAACAGCUGUUAUAGUAAAAACUACAGAAAACACUCUACAUUUUCCUCUUUCUCACCAGCCUCUGUCUCCUUGCUUGCUUACCUGCUUUCUGUCACUUGUGCGUCUACAUUUGCCUCUUUUUCUUCCUCUAUCUCCAUCUCCUCAUCUGAUCUAUUACUUUCCAGUCUCUGUCCAUCUAGGAACAAGGCACAAUCUACUAUUUCAUUAUCAAUCUAUUAUUUUAACCUUAACUACUAUUCUUGCACCUAAUCAAUAAGUCCACCUUAAAUAUUGAUACAAAACAAUAAACAAAUGAGUCAUGCUAUGAAAGCACUGUAUAACUUAUAUAGGCUUAUGUUUUAUUUAUUUUUCCUUUUUAUUCAAAACAAUUCCAAACAUGCUUAUAUCAGGAAAUAUCUCGAUUCUCAAACGUGUAAGUAAACGCGUUUUGCACCUUUAUAGAUUGUUAUUUGAUCAAUAAAUGGAAAGUGUAAUCUAUUAACUACACAUAAAACCCCGACUUUUUACUUAAGUGCCAUAUCAUGCCAUAAAAUCUUUUUAAUAC